UUAAAUUAGUUUGUAUUUCUAGAAUCUAAUCAAACAAUGACGAGCAGUGAAGAUUUCCGGGAAUUCGGAAAAGCAAUGAUUGAUUACGUGGCGGACUAUCUGGACGGUAUCAGGGAUAGACCCGUCCUACCACAGGUAACUCCGGGUUACCUGAGAAGCCUGGUUCCAGAUGAGGCUCCAGAGAAGGGAGAGGACUGGAGAACUGUUAUGAAGGAUGUAGACCGUGUUAUUAUGCCUGGAGUUACUCACUGGCAUCAUCCUCAAUUCCAUGCCUACUUUCCUACUGCGAACAGCUAUCCUGCAAUAGUUGCUGAUAUCCUGUCUGGUUCUAUAGCUUGUAUUGGAUUCUCCUGGAUAGCUUCUCCAGCUUGUACUGAGCUAGAGAUGGUUACAAUGGAUUGGUUAGGAACAGCUCUAAACCUGCCCAAGGAGUUUCUGUUCUCUGGUCCAGGGAACGGAGGAGGAGUAAUUCAGGGUACAGCUAGUGAAGCAACUUUAGUUGCUAUACUCUCCGCUAGAGCAGAGAGAUUAAAAAGAGAGGAAGCCAAAGGAAAAAUGGAUCGUCUGGUCGCAUAUUGUUCUGCGCAGGCACAUUCCAGCGUAGAACGUGCUGGUAUGCUUGCAGGCAUUCAGAUGAGACUAGUGGAACCAGAUGAAAACUUUAGUUUACGCGGGGAUGCUUUAAACGCUGCAAUUGAAGAAGACAAAGAGAAGGGCUUAAUUCCGUUCUGUGUGAUUGCUACUCUCGGAACGACAAACUCUUGUAGUUUUGAUAACCUGCCAGAGCUAGGACGGGUCUGCCUGGAGCAGGAUGUCUGGUUACAUGUUGAUGCAGCCUAUGCUGGUAGUUCAUUUAUCUGCCCGGAGUUUAGACCACUCCUUGAUGGAGUAGAGUUCGCUGAAUCAUUCAACUUUAAUCCUCACAAAUGGAUGCUGGUCAACUUUGAUUGUUCUGCAAUGUGGAUUAAGGAUUCAAGAAAGAUCGUGGAUGCGUUCAACGUAGAUCCUCUUUAUCUUCAGCAUAGGCAUCAAGGGGAGAUACCAGACUACAGGCACUGGCAUAUUCCUCUAGGUAGAAGAUUCAGAUCCUUGAAAAUAUGGUUUGUUAUGAGAAUAUACGGACUAGAGGGAUUAAGGAAACAUAUCAGAGAACAGGUUGAACUGGCGAACCAGUUUGCAGAAAUAGUUCAAACAGAUCCCAGAUUUGAACUCCCGACACCACCCAGGAUGGGAUUGGUCUGUUUCCGAGUUAAAGCCUCGAAUGUUGUGAAUGAAAAGUUGAAUAAGAAAAUAAACGAAGCAGCUAGAAUACAUAUCACACCAGCUAAAAUUAGGGACAAAUAUAUUCUGAGGUUUGCAGUGUGCUCAAGGUUCACAGUAUCCACAGAUAUUGAGUUUGCCUGGACGGAGAUACUCCGCAACCUUGAUCUCAUCAGUAUCAACCAGGACACGGAGUAAUCAUGGAACUAAACCUUGGCGUUCAAUAUUUUAUACUUUUAUUAGAUUGGAAAUGACAAAAUAUAUGUUUAUCAUGUGGUGUAAUAGAUUUAAGUUGUUAAUAAACAAUAUUAUGUGAUAAAAUCAACUGGA